UUUCUGCAUGACAAAUCUUAACUGAGACCUAAAAAUCGUUAAAAGUCAUCAUCAUCAUCAUGAAGGUUUGGAUUUUGUGUGCACUGCUGUGCGCAAACUUUACACUGACACCUGCCACAGCUGCAGCAGUUGAGACUAAACCUGAACAGGAACAGAAACUUCCAGGGAAAACUACUGAACUUGCUGUGGAGAAGGUGAUUGAGGCAGAUACGUAUAACCCCUGUCCAUCUAGAUGGGUUAAAUAUGGAUCACGCUGCUUUCGUCUCGUGAAGACAAUUCAGUCCUGGCUUAACGCUGAGGCUGAGUGCGUAGCUCAAAAGUCGAGACUUGCAUCUGUACACAACAUUAGGGAAUACAACUUUCUGCAGAGUUUGCUUGACAUAGCUGGUGUAACACGGGCUUGGAUUGGAGCUUACCAUUUCCAGGGAGUGUGGCUGUGGUUUGACACAUCUGAAAUGAGUUAUACUAAUUGGCAGUCACUGAGCAGCGUCUCCAACUACACAUGUGCCUACAUGAGAAAAAAUGCUGGAUGGUAUAACACUAACUGUAAAACUGAAUAUUCAUUCCUCUGUGCUAUUGACCUAAAAACAUGCUAAGGGACAUGGAUGAGAAAUCAUCCAUUAUAGUGAAGCCGACAUGAUUAUCAGAUAAAUAAAUCCUACUUUUUCUUGAGAACACAUGACCAAUGAACACUGUUUUUCACCUAAUAAAAUGUCAGAAGGACAAAAGAAUGAUCUACUUGCUGUACUUGUAUAAUAUAAAUUUUGUGGAACAAUAUUUAACCUGAACUUAACAUCCAGACAUUAAGCCUGAAUCAGUUGGGAAAGAAAGUAAGCAAAGUUGGAAAUACGAGCUAGAAUUAGAUGCUUAGAAGAAUAUCACGGGUUGCAAAUUACAUGUUACAGUCCUGAUCUAAAUUCAGUUGAGUAUAUGUGGCAAGACUUGAAAAUUGCUGUUCACAGAUGCUUUCCUACCUAUCUGACUGAGCUUAAGUUUAUUUUGCAAAGAAAAUGCAAAAUGUUUACUUUCUAGAGCAAAGCUGGUAGAUACAUAUAUACGCCAAAAGACUUGCAGCUGAAAUUGCAGCGAAAGGUGGAAUUUUUGAAACAAAAAUUUUGGAACAAAGUUUUGACUGAAGAGGGCUGAACACAAAUG